AGACCGCCGACUGAUGACGCCCACACCGUGACAAUACGAAAAAUGCCUGCGCCGGGCGACCAAUACAGCGGCGGCAACGUCCAGAAUCCAUUCGAGGGGCGCGUCGUGAACGGAUUUACAGCCUCGGAAAUCGCCACACUACAGAGCAGACUGAACAAGCAGCUCGGUCCCGAAUACAUUUCACAGCGACCCGGUAAUGGCGGCGGUAGAGUGGCGUACUUGGAGGGGAAUAAGGCGAUUGCGCUUGCGAACGAGGUCUUUGGGUUCAACGGCUGGUCAAGCUCACUAGGGCAGGUGCAGAUUGACUAUGUGGAUGAGCUCCCGAACGGCAAGGUCAGCUUGGGUCUCUCGAUAGUAGUGAGGAUCACAUUGAAGGACGGCACAUACCACGAGGACAUCGGAUAUGGAUCUAUAGAGAACGGCAAAGGCAAGGCCGCAUCAUUCGAGAAGGCUAAGAAAGAGGCCGCAACAGAUGGGCUGAAGCGCUCUCUACGCACCUUUGGCAACGUCCUCGGUAACUGUUUGUACGACAAGGAAUACCUCAAGAAAGUACAGGCGAUGAAAGUCAAACCCGUCAAAUUUCAAGAGGACAAUCUAUACCGACACAGCGACUUUGCACCCCCACCACAGCCUGAGCAGCAGGCCGUAGUGAAGCAAGAACCUCAAAAGACUCCGGUCAGGCCCGACCAAGUUCUUCGAACACGUACCGACCAGCUUAGUAAUGAGUCUUUCGGUGCCGACUUUGACGAUGAAACCGACGAGAACCUAUUUGACGGUGUUGAUGUGAGCGAGGGCCACGGCGACGAAUUUCCCCUAUCAGACACCCUGUCUGCUUCAGAUACUACAGGACCCCGCGUUGCUGAGCCGGCGAAACCAAAAGGCGUAUCGUCUGGUCGUACAUCCCCUGUGAGAAAUGUAGGACCUCCUCGACAGCCCAAUGGCAAGCAGAUACAAGCAGGCCGUGGCCAGCCAGUAGCACAGCAACAGCCGUCCAACCAAGUACCAGGAAGGCCUUCACCCCAAAUGCAAAAUAGUCGACAGCCGCAGACACCAGUUCAGCAGCAACCUCGACCAGUACAAAACAACGGACGUAUGCCUCCACCUGCUGCAGAGAAUGGAGCAGCAUCCAGGCCUAUUGGUCAACAACCUCAGAAUCAACACGCUUCUAACAACCAGCCCUCUCGACCCACACCCCCACAAGCACAGCAACCACCUAAUCAACAACGCCCGGGACCGCAAGGUCAGGCAGUGACUACACCUGCUGCAAAUCAGCGGCCAUCUGUUGGUUUUGUGACAUCCCGCGCUGCUGAACUACUCCAAGCAUCUGAAGUGCCCGCACUGAACAACAUUCCGCAAUUCAACCCCAAUGCGGAAUCCCCCAUUCCAAAAGAGAAACGCACUCCUGGCAUCGACCACGCACGCAGUAUCCCCAUCAAACGCGAAGCAGUCGGCGCUCCCCCUCCCCCUCAGCCUGCUCAACAACGACCUGGCGUCACAUCAACAGGCUCUUUCAAUCGCCCGAACAUAGUGAACCCACACCUCGACGCCAACCGACGAAUCGGUAUGCCUGGAGCGCCCAACUACGCCAUGAGUCCUAGUGCAAAUCGUGGCGCUUACAAGCCUCCCACAUUUGCCAACGGAGCUGGACCGAAUGGCGUCAAGAGAGAGAGGGCAGCAUUACAGGAUGUCAGCAACGUAGGUGUCAAUGGCAAUGUCCCCGAGGGUCCGGACGCAAAGAAACAAAAGGUCGACGCGCCGGGUGCGGAGAACACUGCCGGCGUUGCCAACACAUAGCAGAGCAAGCAGCUUAUGAUCAAUACGCGAAUUAU